AUGAAUCAACAAAAGACAUAUGGUGUCACAGGCCCUAUCUCGACAGCAGGUCCUACAGCUGCAGAAAAUCAACUGAAUGAUGCGCUAAUUCAGGAGUUAAAGAAGGAAAAGUCAUUCGAGUCGGAGGAGGACACCAAAAAGAGGGUAGAAGUUUUACGCAUCCUUCAAAACCUGGCCCAAGAAUUCGUAUAUCAAGUAUCAAAGAAAAGAAACAUGUCGGAUGGGAUGGCUAAGGACGCCGGAGGAAAGAUUUUCACUUAUGGGUCUUAUAGGCUUGGCGUUCACGGCCCCGGUAGCGAUAUAGAUACAUUAGUCGUUGUACCGAAGCAUGUUACUCGCGAAGACUUUUUUACUGUUUUCGACCAAAUUUUGAGGACGAGAUCUGAACUGGAGGAAAUAGCACCAGUACCGGAUGCUUUUGUGCCAAUCAUCAAAAUCAAAUUUAGUGGCAUUUCAAUUGACUUGAUCUGCGCGCGUUUAGAUAUCGCACAAGUUCCAGUCAAUUUAACUUUAGCAGACAAGAAUCUUCUGCGGAAUUUGGAUGAGAAAGACUUAAGAGCACUGAAUGGUACUCGGGUUACUGACGAAAUUUUGCAGCUUGUUCCCAAGCCUACUUCUUUCAAAAUUGCCUUGAGGGCUAUCAAGCUGUGGGCCCAGAGAAGGGCUGUUUAUGCAAACAUAUUCGGAUUUCCAGGAGGUGUUGCAUGGGCUAUGUUAGUGGCUAGAAUAUGUCAGCUGUACCCUAACGCGUGUAGUGCCGUGAUACUAACUCGUUUCUUUCAUAUUCUCACCAAAUGGAACUGGCCUCAACCCGUCUUACUGAAGCCCAUUGAGGACGGUCCACUUCAAGUUCGGGUUUGGAACCCCAGGAUAUAUGCGCAGGACCGGUCCCACAAAAUGCCUGUUAUAACGCCAGCAUACCCAUCUAUGUGUGCCACGCACAACAUAAGUGAGUCCACAAAAAAAGUGAUCUUGGCAGAACUAGAGAGAGGUGCACAGAUAUCAAGUGAGAUAUUUUCUAAUAAAAAGACAUGGUCCGACUUGUUCCAAAAGCAUGACUUCUUUUACAAGUAUAAAUUUUACCUGACAGUCAUGGCUUCUACUUCAGGCUCCAGUGAACAACAUCUGAAAUGGAGCGGAUUGGUGGAAAGCAAGCUAAGAUUACUUGUUCAAAAGUUGGAAACUUUGGGUGGUAUAAACUUAGCCCACCCUUUUACCAAACCCUUUGAAGCUUCAUAUGUGUACGACAAUGAAGCACAAUGUAAAGAUAUCAUCGAUAAUUAUGGAACUCAUAAGGCUCAGGAUAUUUUAGCGCAAUAUACUGAAGUUACUGACGACAACAAAGACACAGACGGCGUUAAAGACAAGGCACAGGUUCACAUAACUACCAUGUAUAUUGGUCUCGACGUCGCACUUGAUGGGAAGAAACAAGUUGACAUCCAUGUUCCCUGUUCUGACUUUUUUAAUCUCUGCCGCUCUUUCAGCGAAUACGAUGACACUGACAUGUUUUCGCUAAUGAUAAAAUAUGUGAAACUCUAUGACUUGCCGGAUAACGUGUAUGUGGAAGGUGAAGAGAGACCAGUCAAACAUAGUAAAAGGAAAAAGCUGGGUAAGGACAGCAAGAAAUCUAAGAGGCCAAAGUCUAACUCGUUGAAAGCUGAAGAACCCACAAGUGGCACGACCAACUCAGAAAAAAACAAUUCUCAAGGUCCCAAUAAGCCUGUCAAGCACGAGCCUCCUAUGCAAACCUCGCCAAACCCUCUUGCUGGCUCUCAGGUCAACUGA